GAGCCGAAGAGGAGGCGAGCGGGAGGAAAACGCGGAGGACUCGAGCUGGCACGCAGGGACCGAGGCUGUCACUGCUCUCCGAGCAUCCCCGGGAUUUCCCAGGUGGACCAGACCAGACCAGCCCAGCCCUGCGCAAGCCGCAGGUGCAGCCCCAGGCCCCCGCCCCUUUCGAAGCGCUCUAGGAGCCUCACGUUCCGGGCGAGCGCUCGUCAUUGAGCACAAAGCACGUUUCCAAAAAGCCGCGGUAGGGAAAGCGGCCGGCCAGUGCUCCCGCGCACAACCCCCCUUUUCCUUUGUUUCGGGGGUCGACAAACCACUCUCUUCCCCAACUCUGAAUUCUUCGCAAGGGGAGGGCUGCGGAGUCCAGGCUGUGAAGAUGCCCCUGGAGCUGACUCAGAGCCGGGUACAGAAGAUCUGGAUCCCGGUCGACCACCGUCCCUCGCUGCCCAGAUCCUGUGGGCCGAAGCUGACCAACUCCCCGACGGUGAUUGUCAUGGUAGGCCUCCCAGCCCGGGGCAAGACCUAUAUCUCCAAGAAGCUGACUCGCUACCUCAACUGGAUUGGCGUCCCCACGAAAGUGUUCAACGUCGGGGAAUACCGCCGGGAGGCUGUGAAGCAGUACAGCUCCUACAACUUCUUUCGCCCUGACAAUGAGGAGGCCAUGAGAGUCCGAAAGCAGUGUGCCCUUGCUGCUUUGAGAGACGUCAAGAGUUACCUGACGAAGGAAGGGGGCCAAAUUUCAGUUUUUGAUGCCACCAAUACUACGAGAGAGAGGAGACACAUGAUCCUUCACUUUGCCAAAGAAAAUGACUUCAAGGUGUUUUUCAUUGAGUCGGUGUGUGAUGAUCCCACCGUUGUGGCCUCUAAUAUUAUGGAAGUGAAAAUCUCCAGCCCUGAUUACAAAGACUGCAACUCAGCAGAGGCGAUGGACGACUUCAUGAAGAGAAUUAGUUGCUAUGAAGCCAGCUAUCAGCCCCUCGAUCCUGACAAAUGUGAUAGGGAUCUGUCCCUGAUCAAGGUGAUCGAUGUGGGCCGGCGGUUCUUGGUGAACAGAGUUCAGGACCACAUUCAGAGCCGAAUUGUGUACUACCUGAUGAACAUCCACGUGCAGCCCCGCACCAUCUACCUGUGUCGGCACGGCGAGAGCGAGCACAACCUCCAGGGGAAGAUUGGAGGGGACUCAGGCCUGUCCAGCAGGGGCCGGAAGUUUGCCAACGCCUUGAGCAAAUUUGUGGAGGAGCAGAACCUGAAGGACCUCAAGGUGUGGACCAGCCAGCUGAAGAGUACCAUCCAGACGGCAGAAGCCCUUCAGCUUCCCUAUGAACAGUGGAAGGCGCUCAAUGAAAUCGAUGCUGGUGUCUGUGAGGAGAUGACCUACGAGGAGAUAAAGGACACCUACCCUGAGGAGUAUGCUCUGCGUGAGCAGGACAAGUACUACUACCGGUACCCCACCGGGGAGUCCUACCAAGACCUGGUGCAGCGCCUGGAGCCCGUGAUCAUGGAGCUGGAACGGCAGGAGAAUGUGCUGGUCAUCUGUCACCAGGCUGUCCUGCGUUGCCUUUUGGCCUACUUCCUGGAUAAGAGCGCAGAGGAGAUGCCUUACCUGAAAUGCCCCCUUCACACUGUCCUGAAACUGACUCCAGUCGCUUAUGGUUGCCGUGUAGAAUCCAUCUACCUGAAUGUGGAGUCAGUAAACACACACCGGGAGAGGUCUGAGGACGCAAAGAAGGGACCUAACCCACUCAUGAGACGCAAUAGUGUCACCCCACUAGCCAGCCCCGAGCCCACCAAAAAGCCUCGCAUCAACAGCUUUGAGGAGCAUGUGGCCUCUGCCUCCGCUGCCCUACCCAACUGCCUGCCCCCGGAGGUGCCCGCACAGCUGCCCGGACAACCUUUGCUAGGGAAAGCCUGUUUACGAACUGUCUGUCACAUUUUCUCAAAGUUUUCUCCUUACUAACCUUGGAAAGAACAUGAAUGGCUCCCAGAGCAGCGUCGACUCCUCCGGGACACACUGAGGCAGACCUGUUGGUUCCAUUCCCUUUCCUUUCCUGCAGUUUAGGUAGGGGCUCUUCCAUCCACCUGAGACGAUCCCAAGGACUUUCCCGGAAUGGGGCGGGAUGGCACAGAAGAGGGGUCUGCUGCUCCGAGUGAACCCGCGCCCCCCACAGCAUCGGGGCGGCCGAGACCCCAGCAUGCCUUCCCCGUGUGUGCGCAGAGUCCACGCCUCCGCAUCCAGCUGCGGCCGCCCCCACCCCGGGCUCUCCCCGCUGUCCAGGGCUGUGUGGUCUCACUGACUCUCCACAAGGCUUGGUCAGGACGAUGAGCAGUGGAGGAGGUGAGAGAAGGCCCUGAGGAGGGGACGUCGGAUGCCUCUGCUGUUUUGUUUUGUUUCAUUUUUGUGAUCCUGGCCUAGAAUGUUCCCAGCUGGGCGGUGACACAGGGCCCAGAACCCUAAAAUUAGAGGGACCUAGAUCCCAGUUACUGAAGGUUCAGGGAUGUUGAAAACUUUCACAAGGCUUGUUCGUGCAUCUUGGCCUGGGACUUGUGAAGAAAGGACACAUGCUAGGAUGGGGCCAGCCGGGAGAGCCAGUGUGGAGGUGCAGACAGAAGUCCCUGAGCUGGACGUGCUGUCAGCUGAGUAGUGGCCCUCCGCGUGUCCACACACCUUCCCAGUCUGUGCUUGGCCUCGGAAGAUGUUGAAGGAUCAUCUGGCAGUGCUGGCAAGAGGAACUAGCACCGGUGCCUCAACCCCUGGGGGGAGCUGUGUGGUCCCCCCACUGUCAGGCCUGGAUCAAAGGCCCCUGAGGGGCGGUUUUCCUGGGGCUGCUUGCUUUUGCACUUUUUUACUGGCAGAACAUGUGACCCAAAAGUCACACCUUCUCUUCAAGAACUUAGAUGUUUGGGUUUUGUGCCUGCGGGGGCCGAAGCUGUGACAGAAUGCGGGGAGUUGGGCCAUGCCCAUGAGAUGGGGAGCUCAAAGGAGUCCCGGAAGCCGACUGGGGAGCAGAUGCUCAAAUCACUGCAAGAAAGACCCGGGGAGACAACGUGGAGAAGAACAAGGAUCCGGCCUCCUUCCUUUAGGACGUUCAUCACCUCCCACAUUGGCCAGGUGGGGACAUUGGCCCAAGCCAGGCCUCACUCCAGGCUACUUCCUCCAAGAGGCUGUGCGCGGUGUCCCGGCAGGAUUCGGCUCAGUCCCACACGUUUUCAUGGAGUAUCUGCUGUGUGUCUGGCAUGGUGUUGGGUUCCUUGGGGAAUGUCCUCUUUGUUCAAAGCAGGGAUUUAGGGACAUCCUUGUAGUUUCUACCUGCUGGUUUCUCCCUGUCGCCUCCAAGGACUGGGGGACGAAGGAGGUGUCCUGAGGCCCAGAAGAAACAAUUUGGAGACUCAGCACUGGUCCAAAUGACCCUUUUAAGAGUCUUUCUAAAAGCUGGUGCCAAAGGUCACUUUCCUUUUCUGCUGUCUGCUUUUUUUUGCCUGGUAUCCUCACUCCUCAGCCUACAAAAAAGCUGAGAAUGGGGGCGGGCAGGCUUAAACAGCUGGAGCUGGAAGUGGAAAGAACAGCUAUUUUUGUUUUGUUUUGUUUUUUUUGUUUGAGAGGAGCUCCUAGAGAAUAUACAUUUCUCUGGUUGGGAUUACGUGGGAAAUGGGACACACUUCACAUACCUUAAAAUUAAGUUGGAGGUUUUCACACCAAAUCAUUCAACCCCUGUCCCCCUUACUUGGCAGUCUGCCUGAGAGGAUGUCUGUAUGUGCAUCUGGUGCGACUGAAGACUUGGGUUAUUUCUCCUCUUUCCCGCUACCUUGAGUCUAGUUGACUGGGGUGUAUGUUUGUAGGUUGGCCAUAUUUUUAGACAGAGGGGCCUGCUCUGCUCCAAAGCUCCUACUCAAGAGAUCUGCUCUUGAGAAUGACUUAAUUGUUUCCUACCUUCUGGACUUCUCUCUCUGGUUGUCAGCGCAAACUCCAAUCCUUGACUCUCAUGGACAGUUUGAGUGGGGCUGUGUGAAGGUGCAUGUCCCUGGCCUCUGACAGCCUGACAUCAGUAUGGACAUACGUGAGCUUUGCCUGGACAGAAUGUGGUUUGUCAGGGCCUGAGUGGGGCGGAAGACAUAAAUAUGGACAGGAAGGGGGAGAGAAGGAUGCUGCUGAGGGGAAAGCUGGUGAUCUGACCUGAGGAGGUGCUGGAUGGAGCUGCAGUCGUGGAGCAGCUGCUCCCUUAUUGCCUCUCACCCUCUGCCUCCCAAAAAAUAUCUGGGACCAAUUUUUUUUAACUUUGCAUAUUUGUUUUGGGGUAAGUGUACCCCUCUCCUUUUUCUGUCCUGAGACCAUGGAUGAAACUUCGUUGAGGGGGAGAAGAAAAACUGUUUGAACCACACCAAUGAUGAUUUCGUUUGUAAUACUUGAAACUUAUUUUUUUAUUAUUUUGAUAGCAAAUGUGCUAUUUAUUUAUUUAAUGUGUAUAAGGGAACCUGAAAACAGAAAGCUUUUUAGAUUGGGUUUAUUGUUCGUUGGUUGGUUUGGGGCCUUUUAUGUGUGACCUACAACUUCUCUGCAUUCUGUAUAUUUGUCUGAAUUAAUUACCUGGGAUGAAGCUGUGCCAGCUUUCAAACAGGGGCUGCCUUUCAGAAAUUUGUAUAUUUUGCAGUUGCCAGAACAAUAA